AUGAGUGCCCUUGGUCACGUUCGUAUCGGGCAUAAAGCUCCAUAUUUUCGCUGCGAGGCAGUCGUUGGUAGCACCAUCGAAGAGGUGUCCCUCAGCACCUAUAUACACCCUUCUGUUACGGGCUCCACACCAAAUCCUGAUGCCCCCUGGCUGAUCAUUCUAUUCAUUCCCGCUGCCUUUAGUUUCGUCUGUCCCACCGAGGUUCUCGCUUUCCAAAACUGCCAUGAUGAAUUCAAGGACCGGAACUGCAACGUCAUCUUCGUUUCCGUUGACACCAAGCAUUCGUUAUGGCACUGGCAGAACGUGCCGAGGCAGUAUGGCGGGCUGGGCAAAAUCGAUAUCCCGUUGCUGAGUGAUGCGAAUCAUCAUUUGAGCAGAGACUAUGGAGUGUUGAUUGAGGACGAGGGUGUGAGCUUGAGGGGCAUGUUCAUCCUGGAUGGUGAAGGCAUUGUACAGCAAGUCACACUAAACAACCUCACAGUAGGUCGUAGCGUACUGGAAGCUCUCCGCCUUCUGGAGGCCUUUCAAGCCGUCGCCAAACAUGGGGUCUUAUGUCCGGUCGACUGGAAGCCCAAUAGCAAUACCUCGGACACCAUCAGUACGAUAUCCAACACAUUAACGGAAUCGUAUGACGAUAGGCUGGCUAAUCUCCAGAAGGAGUUCGGGGAUAUCAAGGUCACUGACCUUGACGCUAAGCACGGCAGCGAACCCAAUAGUAGGAAGAGCAGCGAAGAAGCUCCUUCUCCAGGGCCGCCCAUCAAAGCUGCCAGUCCGAGUCCGGUGAGAUCGAACAGCAUCCAAGAAGUAAUCUGCGAACGGCCCAAUUUUACCAAUCCGACCUCCACCUUCAAACAGGGCUAUAACCCCCGCGUGAUAAGUCCACCACCCUUAACUCCUUCAAGCUCAUCCCAGUCCGUAAAGCCUACCUCCGCACCACCCAGCGCAAACCCUACCCCCGUCCCAACCCCCAACACGACUGGCCCUCCUGCACUCGACAUGCCUGCGUUAGGUCCCCCGCGUCAUACCCGAGGUACGAGUUUCCAUUUAAACAUGGAUCACCGUUACGUCAAUACUCUCUUCUCAUCUCCUUCCGAUGCUCCCUCCAUGUUUCAAACCCUCAUCAGACACAUUUCCUCGCCCACUGACUCGUUGUCAGGUAACUCCACUCCAUCGUCUACGCCACUCAACCAAGCCAAAUCACCUGCGGCAUUCUUUCCGACGCGCUUGGCCAAGCACAAUACGUAUGAGACGCGCCAUGGCAGUCACAUUAUACUGGAAUUUGCGGAUCCGACGUCCAGCCCGACAGCGAGUCCAAGCGCGGGGUCUGCACCAUCAUUAUCACCUCCAGUGCAUCGCCAGCCGUCCUUCAGUCGAGGUAACUCGCCGGCACUCAGUCGCGCCACGAGUUGGGGGGGAACAUCGGUCACCAACGGAUGGGCGAGGAAGAGCUCAGAUCCUACAAAAGAGACUGCAUCAACCCCAGCCCGGGCAAGCAGCCAGACGAGAUUGCAGGCUACGUUCGAAACGAUCAAGAAGAUGAGUGCUGGAUUGGCGAGCCCAAGGCUGGAAGCUGUUACCAGGAGGAGUUUUGGAAGGAGGGGACCAGAUACUGGGACAGGAGAGGAGGCCAAAUCACCAGGUUACUUUGAUGUUGUUGUCGAGGCCGUGGAGACAUGA